GGGUCGCGGCAACUUCCCAGUCGCGGCGACUCGGGAGGACCUCCACCACCUCCUCCUGCUGCUCCUGCUGCUGCAGCUCCUGCUGCUCGUCGUCUCGGGCAACAGGAAUCGGAUCGGGCUGGGGCGACUGAUGAUGAUGAUGAUGAUCGGAUCUCCUCGCUCCGCAUGACUCUGAUGACGACGAUGAUGCUGAUCUUGUGCUGAUGAUGGUGCUGAUGAUGAUGCUGCUGAUGGUGCUGAUGAUGAUGAUUCCUGGCCAAGCGUUGCGCGCUUGUUGACUUCCGCCCUUGAGCCGGCUGGCUGCGUCUCCCGACCGACCGCUUUGAUAGCAACCCCCGGUUCAUCCUGCGGAGCCCGCUCGGUCUGACCAUGAGCGGAGGUGGAGGUGGCGGAGGAGGAGGUGGUGGAGGUGGUGGCGGUGGGACGAUGCACGGCGCCGGGGUGGACAAGCAGGGACCUUUCUCGGGCGUCGACCCCGGGGGGGUCAACCUGCAGGCGCCCAAGAACUUCUCCGUGAGCCACCUGCUGGACCUGGAGGAGGCGGCGGGGGCGCUGCGCAGGGUCCAGCAGCCCCCCCCGGGGUCGAGGGGGGCCGCGCACGACGAGGACGAAGUGGGGGGGGCUCGGGGCGUCGCCUGCGCGAGGCAGAUGGAGCUGGGGGGCCUGAGCAGCGGCAGCGACACGGCGCAGCCGGAGGGUGAGGCCCUGGGCUCGGAGCAGGCCAAGAGGCGACGCAAGCAGCGGCGGAACCGCACGACGUUCAACAGCGCGCAGCUCGCGGCGCUGGAGCGCGUGUUCGAGCGCACGCACUACCCGGACGCGUUCGUGCGCGAGGAGCUGGCGCGGCGCGUCAACCUCAGCGAGGCGCGCGUGCAGGUGUGGUUCCAGAACCGCCGCGCCAAGUUCCGGCGGAACGAGCGCGCGCUGCUGGCCACGCGCAGCGCAGGCCGCGUGUUUGCCGCGAGCGGCGAGGCCGCCGUCGAGCAGCCGAUGGCCGCCCGGCCUGCGCCCCUCGCGGCGCCCGACUUCCUCUCCUGGCCUCCCGCCUCGGCCGCAUCCUACGGGGCCAUGUCCGCGUACAGCUCUGGCGGCGCGGUCAGCGGCCCGGGCCCUGGGGUGCACAUGGCGAGCAGCAUCGCGAGCCUGCGCCUCAAGGCCAAGGAGUACAGCCUGCAGCGCAACCAGGUGUCCACCGUCAACUGACAGCGCGCCGGGCGGACGACCGGGCUGCUGGGGAA